AUGGCUUUCAGCACCAAGAGAGGAGGAGGGAGCUGGGCCAACUCACUCCUCCCAUUCUCAUCAAACAACCCCAAAUCCAAGCUCACCCGCAAAUCCUGCAGGCGAUUCUCUCUCAAAGACUUCAUCUUCGCAAACUUCUUUACCAUCGAGCUCAUCGUCUCCCUCAUCUUCUUCCUCCUCGUGAUCCUCCGAGAAGAAUUCAGAGCUGAGAUCUUCGUGACCAGUGCGUGGUUCCUCUGGAAUAGAAGGAAUGCUGUCCAUUUUGGCCGGCCCUCAUUGCCUGUGGAUAGCAUAUGCAGCAGAGCAGGAAACUACUUGCAGGAAUUUUUGCAAGCCCAGAUAGAAGAGCCAAUUCCAAUUCGUCUUCCUCCCAGUCAGCAGUGGCGUCCUCCGGAUCAUCAUUGUUUAAAAAUAAAUUUCGAUGCAGCGGUGUUUCGUCGACCAAGUAAGGCGGGCAUUGGUGUCGUUAUCCGCAACAACGCAGGUGAAGUUGAAGGUGCUCUGUCCUCGUCCAUUCCCAUGGCCCAUUCGGUGGCUGAUCUUGAAGCCUUAGCAUGUUUGAAGGCUGUCCAGUUUGCAUUGGAACUGGGUAUUACCAGAGCAGUGUUUGAAGGCGAUUCAGCAGUUAUCAUUAACGCCCUCCUACACGGUGCGGGUGCAUUUGCUUCUUUUGGCAAUACUUUGGAUGAUAUUCGCAUGCUUUCUUCGGUUUUUCAGUUUGUAGAAUUUAUUUUUGUUAAUCGAGGUUGUAACUCGGUAGCUGAUGCUUUGGCCAAAAAAGCUAAGCUUUUAGUUGGGGAUCAGGUUUGGCUUCAUGAUGUGCUAGCAGACAUUGCCCCCUUAGUUAGUUUUGACAUUCAUUGA